AUGGACAGUGGCAGCUCGGCCCAGGAGGCCCAGGAGGCCGACUUCACAGUCAGCGAGGAGCUCCGUGGGCAGGUGGAAGCGAUCUUUGAGGCGACAUUCGGAGGUGGCGAGUGCCACGAUGGCGGUGGCAUUUGGCUGGAGCGGCAAAGCUCCUUGGAUGGGACGGUGAAGGAAGGCUACAUCGAAAUUCUUCAAGAUAUUGAUGGUGCCACGCUGGAGGAGGCCCAUGCCAUUCUGCAGGAGAUCUCACACGUCCGCCGCGAGAAGAACUGGGAAACAGUUCGCCUGUUCUAG